AUGUCGUCACCGCCUAAACUCGACUCUUUGAAGAUUGACGAUUCGCCCGAUGUGGUCUCUCGUGACUUUUCACCUAGAGCAGCAUCACCAACAAACCCAGAAGAUAGCGAGUCAUCAUCUACAGCACCAACGACAGCUCACCCACCACCCGCAGCACCAGUCAAUGGUAUAGAUCAACCGAAUGGAGAUGCUGUCAGUUCAUCAUCAGCAUCGCCCUCAGCCUUACCACGUCCUCCUCCACCACAAAGUAUCACAUCCGCACCUGUCCUCCCCAGUAGUUCCACCGGUUCCAGACCUGCGGCAACCACUGUAGGCGGUCGACCGGGCGCAGCGAGAGGUAGUAUGCCCAUGCCUAUGGGUAUGAGAGGUGCAGCGGGCAAAGGUGCAGGUCCAAUGCAAACGAAGAUGUUACCGAGUUUACAAGCUAAGAUGGACAAGAUCGCCGCAUCAAGACAAGGACCACCAGGAGGCGCCACCUCCCCCAGCGGUGGAUUUGGCCCUGACCCUAAUGCUACCUCCAUGGGAGCUCUGUUACGAUCUCAAGCCUUACGACCCCAAGGUCAAGGUUCUUCUACGCCAGCUGCUGCAGGUCCAAAUUCAGGUCCAUUCGGCUUAGCCGCUAGAAGAGCAGCGGGAGGAGGCGGAGGUCCACCUAGACCCAAUCUCGGUAUGAUGGGAAUGGGAGCGAGCUCACCAGCGGGUAUGAAUCGAGGUGCGGGAGUGGCAGGAAGGAGGAUGGGUCCUCCAGGUGGAUUGACAUUGAGCGGUAUGAAGGGAGCACCCAAAGAGGAGAAUAGUAAAUUUAGUGAUUUCAAGACGAUUAUGGACCCCUCUGGAUCGCUCAAAUUUUCAUCGAAAGCCGUCCUCACAGCUAAAGGUGUCGAUUUCGCCGACGGAGCUUCGUUUAAAAUCAAUAUGGACGAAAUUGAAGUAUUGGGUGAAUUAGGUAAAGGAAAUUACGGAUCUGUGCAUAAGGUGUUCCAUCGACCUACCAACGUCGAAAUGGCUAUGAAGGAAAUUCGAUUAGAACUUGACGAAUCGAAGCUCAAUGGAAUCAUAAUGGAACUCGACAUUCUACAUCGAGCGGUUGCACCUGAGAUCGUCGAGUUCUUCGGAGCAUUCACCAUUGAGUCGUGUGUGUAUUACUGUAUGGAAUACAUGGAUGCUGGUUCACUAGAUACCUUGACUGGAGGGGGUAGAGUGCCGGAAGAUGUGUUGAGGAGGAUAACAGCUAGUAUGAUCAGAGGAUUGAAGUUUUUGAAAGAUGAGUUGCAGAUUAUGCACAGAGACGUAAAACCUACCAACGUGCUUAUCAACAAGAAAGGUGAAGUGAAAUUAUGUGAUUUCGGAGUGUCAGGUCAGUUGGAGAAGAGUUUGGCAAAGACGAAUAUUGGUUGUCAGAGUUACAUGGCUCCCGAAAGAAUCAAAUCCGAAACCGUCAACCAGAAUCCAACAUAUACCGUUUCUUCGGAUGUGUGGUCAGUAGGGUUAUCUAUAAUCGAAUUGGCUAAAGGAUGUUAUCCAUAUCCGCCCGAGACGUACUCGAAUGUAUUCGCACAAUUGCAAGCUAUUGUCAAUGGUGCUCCACCUACCCUACCUCCGGGAUAUAGUGAUGAUGCGAAUAAUUUCGUUGCCAAGUGUCUGAUGAAAGAUCCCAAUCAACGUCCGACGUACGCUCAGCUACUCGAACAUCCAUUCUUAGUUGCCGAUAAGGAUGCGGAAGUGGAUAUGGUUGGAUGGGUGGCUGCCGCUUUAGAGAGGAGGGCUGCUAGAGGGAUCAGUACGUUGAAUCCUAUUCAGGCGUAA